CCAAGUGUCGGUGUUUGUCGUAAUUUCGGACAAAUGAAAAAACAUUUGUGACUCAAAAUUAUUUGUUAGAAAGAACCAACCCUCUGGCUGACGUGCAUCCGAGCAGGGCGGCAAACGAGCUUUCUUGUCGCUUGCGAUCCAAGAAAACCGGACAAAUAAAUAGGACGGAAUCUCAGUAGACGAUCGAUGGUGGUCAAGUGCGGAAAUCAUCCGAAGCGAGAAAUUGUGAAAGAACUUUAUCUUCAAACAGACUUGUUUGGAUUCAAUUGAUAGUGGACAGUUACAAGGCAGUGAACAUUUCAAAAGUGCAGUGCUCCCUCCAUAUCGAACUGCUUUGUUUAUUUUGUGGUUGUAAACAGAAAGAAUCAGUGAAAGUGUUACGAUAAGUGGACGCAGUGCCGGAACAGAAAUCUGAAAUAUUUUAUUUUAUCAUUUUCGCCUGGUGCGCUUCCUUUAAGUUCGUGGUCUAUCAGCAAAAAGAAGAAUCUUCGCGAAAGAAGCCGGACGAGUGGGCAAGAAGGAGCUAAUUUAGUGUCAAACAACUUCAAUUAUGCCACCCAGCCGCCUCGAUGCGAUUUACAGACGCCUGCUUAUCACUCGAUUUUUCGAGAAAGGUUGGGGUAAGCCGGAGAACCUUCGAAGACUAUUCGAAUUCCGUAAAAUCGUCUCAAACCGUGAAGCAUGCUACAAACUGGUCCCAGAAGAUUAUCCCGUCGAAAUAACGAAAGAAGAAAAAACCUCAGAAUGCACAAUACUAGAAGGAAAAUUCAUGACACCACUAGAACUACAUUUACCCGGACUGGUACCGAAAGCUGCACAAGAAGCUCAUUUUCAAGUGAUGCUGCCAAAUAAAUGGCGUGACCCGAAUCACAAGCCAAUCUGUCUGCAUUUAGCCGGUACCGGCGAUCAUUAUUAUUGGAGAAGAAGAAAUUUUAUUGCGAAACCACUAUUGCGAGAAGCUGGAUUGGGUGCAAUUAUCUUGGAGAAUCCAUUCUACGGUGUACGAAAACCUGAGGAUCAAGUGAGGUCGAAUUUGCACAAUGUCUCUGAUAUUUUCGUAAUGGGAGGUUGUCUAGUCCUGGAGUCAUUAGUAUUGCUACAUUGGUGUGAGCGAAAUGGUUUUGGUCCUUUAGGAAUCACUGGGUUGUCGAUGGGUGGACAUAUGGCUUCACUGGCAGCUACAAACUGGCCAAAACCCUUAGUAUUAGUUCCUUGUCUGUCGUGGUCAACGGCUUCGGCUGUAUUCACAACGGGUGUUAUGAGCCAAUCUAUAAACUGGGAUAUGCUUGAAACACAGUAUUUUUCCGAUGGUCAAUAUCGCGAACGAUUGGCAAAAAUGGUCACAGUGAUAGAUGAAGCAUUUAUGGCUGGUCAGCAUUUCGUGAAGAAUUACCCUAGCACAAUAAAGGAUCUACAACACGAUCUUAAAGAAGCGAAAAUCUCUAGAUCCACAUCCCCUGUAGAUGUAUCAAAAAGGAGUAGUACAAAUCCAAACAUAAUUCACUUAGAUAAGGAAAAUUCAUUACAAUUAUCAGAGUCACUUCACAAUAAGUUAUGGUCCACCGAUCGAUACGAGCUUACAAACUGUGAAGUGAAUGAGCUGAACGAGAAAAUUAAGGCUGUGCAAGAUAAACUCCGAAUGGAAAGACACCAUAACGAAUUCUUGAAAAAUCCAACGAAAAUCAGCACAGAGACUCUAGUCAACGCCACAAGUGAUACAAUUUCACCUGGUUCUACUGCAACGAAAUUGCCAUCCGUUCAGGAAUCCAAAACCGAGGAAGAGUCAACAUUAACGAAAUUAAUGAACUCAAUUUUGCCAGCGACAACUUCUGCUGUCGCGACUCGGCAAGCAGAAAAAAUUGACAUCACAAAGACAAAGUGGUGGGAACGUGAAGCUUUACAAUUUAUGCGUGGCAUGAUGGAUGAAUGUACGCAUUUGAAAAAUUUCUCGGUGCCAUAUGAUACCUCAUUAAUAACAGCCGUUUGUGCCAAAGAUGAUGCCUACGUUCCCCGCGAUGGAUGCACAAGCUUGGAGGAUAUCUGGCCCGGAGCUGAGAUUAGGUAUUUAGACGCUGGUCAUGUGAGCGCUUAUGUUCUGCAUCAGAAACUGUUUAGGUCAAGCAUUAUUGGAGCAUUUGAACGUGCUAAACGAAAGCGCGAACAAAACGGAAAUGUAUGUGAACCAAUUUCCAGCUGUGCAUUAUCCUACGAUGACCUGCAACGGCGAUACCAGGAUCAAAUGCAGUUUUACAAUUAAGUAAAUGCUCGUUUCUGUUUUACGUUUAAAGCAGUGAAAUUUUUCAAGUAAAUUGAAUUAGAGGCAGAAGAAAUCUGAUGAAGCAGAACUUGAGAACAAUAAAUUUAUUCAUGCAAAGCAUGAGACAAAAUAUUACUUUAUACAAAUUGUUUGCACAGAUAUAUUAAAAUGUUCUUGUUAUUAUUUGAUGCCACGCUUGAUAGCAGUUGUACAUAAUAUUUUGCAUCUUCUUAUAAUUUUUGUUGAAAUGCAAAUACUUGAAUUGUUGAUAGUAAGCUUGUAUUUGAAUUUAUUAUCAACGAAUUUUUUUAUAUUGUGAUAUAAAUGAAAUUUAUAACAAACAUUUGAUACACUUUUAGUAAUAAAAUCUAUUUAUUUAAAAGUU